GAGGUGCGGGUGGGUGGAAGGGAGAGGUCUGGGCUGAGCUCGGUGGUUGGCACCAGUUCGCACACUCAUUCAAGCGGCAGGACGCACUUGUCCCAGCAGUUCUAGCUGGCCGCGCUAGCUGCAGCUUCUGCGCUCCCGCACGACGCUCGUCGGCAAACGUCUUGGCGUCCGUCCUCACCAUGCCUAGCCUUUGGGACCGCUUCUCCUCGUCGUCCUCUUCGUCCUCAACCUUGGCCCAAACUCCCACCCCAGAUCGGCCACCGCGCGCAGCCUGGGGGUCGGCUGGCCGAGAGGAGGGGCUUGAUCGCUGCGCGAGCCUGGAGAGCUCGGACUGUGAGUCCCUGGACAGCAGCAACAGUGGCUUCGGGCCGGAGGAAGAUUUGGCAUACCUGGACGGGGUGUCUCCGCCCGACUUCGAGCUGCUCAGCGACCCCGAGGAUGAGCACCUGUGUGCCAACCUGAUGCAGCUGCUGCAGGAGAGCCUGGCCCAGGCGCGGCUGGGCUCGCGGCGCCCCGCGCGCCUGCUGAUGCCCAGCCAGUUGGUGAGCCAGGUGGGCAAGGAACUACUGCGCCUGGCUUACAGCGAGCCGUGCGGCCUGCGGGGGGCGCUGCUGGACGUCUGCGUAGAGCAGGGCAAGAGCUGCCACAGCGUGGGCCAGCUGGCCCUAGACCCCAGCCUGGUGCCCACCUUCCAGCUGACCCUCGUGCUGCGCCUAGACUCACGCCUCUGGCCCAAGAUCCAGGGGCUGUUCAGUUCAGCCAACUCUCCCUUCCUCCCUGGCUUCAGCCAGUCCCUGACGCUGAGCACUGGCUUCAGAGUCAUCAAAAAGAAGCUGUACAGCUCGGAGCAGCUUCUCAUUGAGGAGUGUUGAACCUCAGCCUAGGGGGCCAACACUGUCCCCAUGGCAGAGACAACUGAACUUUUUGGGGUAGAGGUUAGCAGGCAGGAGCUGAGGACUGAUACCUGUCAUUAGAAAACUGACAACAGCCACCUGAGGGCAGGAAGGUCUAGGUGGGGAGCAUAGUGUUUCCUAGUAAGCUCACUGAGUUGUGUGCAGGUGGCCCCGCAUUAGAGGCACAUGCCCCUCAGUACUGUAGCAUGAAACAAAGGCUUAGGGGCCAACCAGGCUUCUGGCUGGAUGUGUAUGUAGCAUGUACCUUAUUAUUUCUAUUAUUGCUGACAGUUAGGACAACAGUGGUGUGACAGAGCCAGGAGAGCAGCUGGGCUGGGUUGGCCUCUGCAAGGGGUGUGUGCUCCAGUAGCGGCCAGAGGGAGGGGGAGGUCAUGGAGGUGGCUUGUGUAUCAUGGUCUGAAGAGACCAAGUGUGUUUGUUGUUUGUUUUGUUGUAGCCUUUGUUUUCUGAUUGGAGCUUCACUACUGACCUGUUCUAGGCAGCUAUCUUACAGACUUGUGAAUGUAAGAGUAGGAAGGGGUGGGUGUUGGGAUCACUUGGGAUCUUUGACACUUGAAGAAAAAAUCCACCUGAGAGCUGCAUUCGACCCAUCCCCGCCAAGUACUGAAGAGUUGAGCUUAGAGGGGAUGGGGCUGAGUCAGGGUGGGGGCUGGAACCCCUCCCCCAGAGGAGUGCCAUCUGGGUCUUCCAUCUAGAACUGUUUACAUGAAGAUACUCACUGUUCAUGAAUACACUUGAUGUUCAAGUAUUAAGACCUAUGCAAUAUUUUUUACUUUUGUAAUAAACGUGUUUGUUAAAAAA